UAGCAUCGGAUUAUUUAAUCCCACUCCCACCAUCGCACAGCGAAACCACUUCCGCUUCCGGUCUCGUCGUUCCAGAUCUCCCCGCGUCUCAGCGUACGUCUCCGUCGGCGGAGAGAUGCUAGAAGCGGAGGUGCCGCUCAUCACCGAGGAUGUGGGGGGCGAGGGGCGCGGCUCCGAGCCUGCCGGGGGCCGCUCCGCUGGCGGCGGCGCGCGGAGCGCGAGGCAGUACCACCGGCGGUCGGACGCGCUCGCCUACGGCGACCGGUACCAGAAGGCGGCCGCACUCGUCGACCUCGCAGAAGAUGGCGUUGGUAUCCCUGAAGAUAUCUUGAAUGACACAAGGUUUGAGAGGGCCAUGCGGUUUUAUUUCGUGUAUCUCCGAUUGGAUUGGCUGUGGUCACUUAACCUGUUUGCUCUGAUUCUAUUGAAUUUUCUCGAGAAGCCUCUCUGGUGCCGGAAAUAUGACCCACAUGGUUGUGACCAAAGGGAUCUUUACUUUCUUGGGCAGUUGCCAUACUUAAGCAAAACAGAAUCACUAAUAUAUGAGGGGCUUACACUUGUCAUUCUUGUAUUGGAUAUCUUCUAUCCACUUUCCUAUGAAGGUUUAAAUCUUUUCUGCAAGAACUCCAUGAAUAAAUUAAAGGUUCUUCUUCUCUUCAUCUUAGCAUGUGACAUACUGGUGUUUAUGUUUAGUCCCGGACCUUUCAGAGUAGCUCCGUACAUCCGUGUUGUGUUUCUAAUCAUGACUAUCAGGGAACUGCGAAUGUGUGCUGUUACACUGGUUGGUAUUGUUGGGACAUAUCUUAAUGUUUUGGCUCUUUCGCUGUUGUUCCUAUUAUUUGCAAGCUGGCUAGCUUAUGUAAUAUUUGAGGACACACCGCAAGGAAAGACCAUUUUCUCAUCAUAUAGUGCAACGUUAUAUCAGAUGUUUGUCCUCUUCACCACAUCCAAUAAUCCUGACGUAUGGGUCCCUGCUUACAAGAGCUCUCGUUGGUACUCCCUGUUUAUUGUUGUCUACGUGCUGUUAGGAGUUUACUUCCUAACAAAUCUAAUUCUUGCUGUCAUUUAUGAUAGCUUUAAAGAGCAGCUCGCAAAGCAACUUGCUCGGAUGGACUCUAUAAGGAAAAGUAUUCUACAGAAAGCAUUUGAUCUGAUCGAUACUAACGGUCAGGGAUAUCUCAACAAAGAACAGUGCAUAUCAUUACUUGAUGAGCUAAACAAGUACAGGUCGUUGCCCAAGACCUCAAGGGAGGAUUUUGAAUUAAUCUUCACUGAGCUUGAUCAGAGUGGUGAUUUCAAGGUCACCUCCGAGGAAUUUGCUGACCUAUGCAAUACUAUUGCAAUAAAAUUCCAGAAGGAGCCACCACCUUCUUAUCUGGAGAAGUACCCAUCGUUCUACCACUCGCCACAAUGUGAAAGGUUGAAAUCGUUUGUGCGGAGUCGCCUGUUUGAGUAUAUUGUUGUCUUUAUUCUUCUGGUGAACCUAAUCGCUGUCAUCAUCGAAACAACGCUAGAUAUAGAAAACAGCUCAUCACAGAAAGUAUGGCAAGAAGUUGAGCUUGUCUUUGGAUGGAUCUAUGUUGUGGAGAUGGCACUGAAAAUAUUUUCAUUAGGAUUUGGCACUUAUUGGAUGGAAGGUCAAAACAAGUUUGAUUUUGCGAUUACAUGGACUAUAUUUAUUGGAGAGACCCUGACAUUCGCCUUCCCUUCAAAGCUUUCUUUUCUUUCAAAUGGAGAAUGGAUCCGAUAUCUUCUCCUGGGAAGGAUGUUGCGUUUAACAAGAAUUUUGUUGCAAGUUCGGCGUUUCAGAGCAUUUGUUGCGACAUUCUUUACUCUGAUGUCUAGCUUGUUGCCAUACUUAGGGAUUGUAUUUUGUAUACUUUGUGUAUACUGCUCCAUUGGUUUGCAGAUUUUUGGGGGCAUUGUGUAUACAGGAAACCCAAAGUUGGAAGAAACAGAUCUCUUCAGUAACGAUUAUCUUCUUUUUAACUUCAAUGAUUAUCCAAGUGGUAUGGUUACUCUGUUCAAUUUGUUAGUGAUGGGAAAUUGGCAAGUCUGGAUGGAGAGCUACGCGCACCUAACUGGAAGUUCAUGGAGCCUGAUUUAUUUUGUCAGCUUUUACCUUAUUUCAGUAUUGCUGCUACUUAAUCUGAUUAUGGCAUUUGUGUUGGAGGCAUUUUUUGCUGAGAUGGAACUGGAGAAAGCUGGAGAAGCUGAUAUGCAGGAUCCUACUCCCCAAGGAAGAAACAAACGGCGAUCUAUGCGUGCGAGGACAAAGGGUACAAUGGUUGAUAUUCUUCUGCACCAUAUGUUGAGCAAUGAACUUGAUGGAUCUCAAAACUCAGAGCAAUAGCCUAUCUUCGUGGUGCUGCCUGCUUCUUUCUUUAACUUCAAUAGCAUUACAACUUCCGUUGAAUUUUGUUUAUCCGAGCAUAUAGUCAUGUAUUGCAUGUAAAAGUAGCGAUAAAUUUUGGAGAGUAGUGCUGAAAUGAACCGUAGUUAUCUUACAGCGUCAAGAGACACAUCGAUUGGAGAUAUACUAUUUGUAUAGCCUAAAAAUGAUACUACUGAUUCUGACAGAUGUUUAUGUGUCUGCUAUUCCGGUCGCAAAAUAUAUACCCCACAUUUGCUUGUA